AUGGCGCUCGCUGUUCUUCGCCAUGUUUAUGGCAGCUCAGAUCAUCGCCUCUAUCAGCACCUUCCUUACUCGAUGCCCUCGCCUCGUCGGAGGCCCCUCAUUCUUCCCUACCACAGAUUUAAGCAGCUUGACAACUUGAUGCCGCAUCGAGGAGCUUUGAUGAACAAAAAAGUGGAUGAUGCCUAUAAUUUAAUUGAAGACAUGGCUCUCAACCAUUGGCAAUGGGCAAGUGAAAGAAGCACCGCCUCCAAAACCUCGCAGGGAAGACACGAGGUGGAGACCUUAAACUUAAUUGCAGCCAAGGUGGAUGCUUUAACUCAAAAAUUUGACAAACUGAAUGCUCCAAGUGCCGCCAAUGCUACAUGUGAAACUGUGGUUCCACAGACAUCUAGUCAGAAUCGUCAACUCGAUCGCAUCCUCUUCGUAACCAUCAGUGGAGCAAAUGAACUAUCUCAAUUUCAACAAAGACCCGUCAAUGAUCCAUUCUCCAACACCUACAACCCCGGCUCUAAUGUUCCUAAACAGCCACCAGGAUUUCAGCAGAGAAUUUCCAAUCCACAACCAGUGCAGAAAUCAAAUUUAGAGACCCUGCUAGAGAAUUUUGUUGUAACACAAGCCAAACAGAAUGAAGAGUUUAAGCUACAAGGUCAAGUUAUGAAUGAAGCAAUUCGGCAGCUUACCUCCAAGGUUGAUUCCUUGGCAACCCACAACAAAAUGCUGGAAAAUCAAAUUGCUCAACAAGCAAAUCCCAAGUUAAAACAAGCAGAAAAUGAAAACAUUGGGGUGAAUCCUGCUGAGGAAAAUGAUACACAACAACAAACGGCUGAACACAACAAUGGAGAUGCAGAAAAAGUUGAUGAAACACCGAGGUAUAUACCUCCAAAGCCUUACAUACCACCUGUGCCAUUUCCACAAAGGUUAGCCAAGGCUAAGUUGGACAAACAAUUUGGAAAGUUUCUGGAAGUUCUCAAGAAGCUAUACGUCAAUGUUCCUUUCACAGAAGCUUUGCAACAAAUGCCAUCAUACGCGAAAUUUUUAAAAGAUAUUCUGUCCAAGAAAAGGAGAUUAGAGGAGUAUGAAACAGUGGCAUUAACGGAGGAGUGCAGUGCAUUAAUCCAAAACAAAUUGCCUCCAAAACUGAAGGACCCAGGAAACUUCUUGAUUCCAUGUGAAAUUUGGGCAACAAGCUUUGAGAAAGCUCUAUGUGAUCUAAGUGCAAGUGUAAGCUUGAUGCCUUUGUCAGUAUGCAAGAAACUAGACAUGGGAGAGUUAAAGCCGACAACAAUUUCCUUGCAACUCACGGAUUGA